AAGUCGAGAAGGGAAGCACCGCCUCUCCUUGUGCCCCUUCUCUCCCUCUUUCCCCUCCCCGCUGGCUCCUGGCCUCGCCAGAUGCUGCGCAGCAGCCACCGAUUCUCCAUCACCAAUUCGGCUGGUGGUCGUAGCGUCUCCGAGGCCGCGGGCUCCGGUAGGCUCCCCGUGGCCCCGAGUUAUAGUCGGGACACCCCGGCCGCGGGUGAUCGUCGGGUCCUCACGGGCCGGGGUCGCCGGGGCAGAUCCGGCCGCGGCGCCUUCGCAGGGUGUCCCGCAAGGACGCAGGCAAGAUGAACAUCCUGGCGCCCGUGCGGAGGGACCGCGUCCUGGCCGAGCUGCCCCAGUGCAUGAGGAAGGAGGCCGCUUUGCACGUGCACAAAGACUUCCACCGCCGGGUCACCUGCGCCUGCCAGGAGCACCGGACAGGCACCGUGGGCAGGUUUAAGAUCUCCAAGGUCAUUGUGGUGGGGGACCUGUCGGUGGGGAAGACUUGCCUUAUUAAUAGGUUCUGCAAAGACACCUUUGAUAAGAAUUACAAGGCCACCAUCGGCGUGGACUUUGAGAUGGAACGAUUUGAGGUGCUGGGCGUCCCCUUCAGUCUGCAGCUCUGGGAUACUGCUGGACAGGAGAGGUUCAAAUGCAUCGCGUCAACUUACUACCGAGGAGCUCAAGCCAUCAUCAUUGUCUUCAACCUGAAUGACGUGGCCUCCCUGGAACAUACCAAGCAGUGGCUAGCUGACGCACUCAAGGAGAAUGACCCUUCCAGCGUGCUCCUCUUCCUCGUGGGUUCCAAGAAGGAUCUGAGUACUCCUGCUCAGUACUCCUUAAUGGAGAGAGAUGCACUCAAGGUGGCCCAGGAGAUGAAGGCUGAGUACUGGGCAGUCUCAUCUCUCACCGGUGAGAACGUCCGGGAAUUCUUCUUCCGUGUGGCGGCACUGACUUUUGAGGCCAACGUGUUGGCUGAGCUGGAGAAAUCGGGGGCCCGGCGCAUUGGGGAUGUUGUCCGCAUCAACAGUGAUGACAGCAACCUCUACCUAACUGCCAGCAAGAAGAAGCCCACAUGUUGCUCAUGAAGGCUGAGGGAACUGCCCAGCCUUGGGGGGCAGUGUGCCAUCCUGAAUUCACCCAGAGCUUGACCCCUGGACAUUUGCAUUGACUGUUUUUUUUUGACCAAAGAACUGCUCCUCGGUGGCAGUACGCCCUGAGGGGGUACCUGGGACCGUGCUAGUUGUUUCCUGUCCCCAUGUACUAUGCCAAAGACUGGAUGCCCACCCUCCUCUCCAGAGGCUCUCCAGGGUGCCCACAAAGUGUGUGUGUGGGGUGAUCCCUGCUGCUUUGCUCGUCCUGCUGGGCCCUUUGAGCAUGAGAAUGCCUGAAGAACCCAGCUUCACACUGUGCCUUAUGCAUUAAAGUCUUUUUGUUAUUAUUAGCA